AUGUCUACUCUUGAGCAAGAGUUGCUAGCCGACUUUGCCGACUCUGGCGAUGAGGCUGACGCCGGCCUCCAUGACUAUGCCGACAACAUGUCCGAGGACAACAUGGUCGAUGACGACGAGGCCAUGGUCGACGAAGAGGCAGCUGCUCAGGAGCAAGUCAAGGCUCCGUCAGACGUUCGCGGGGGUUACACGCUUAUGAAAAGCAUGGCUGCUACUCUGGAGCGCAUCCACGAGGUCCAGGACAAUCGCGAAGAGCUGCUUGAUGGUGAGGACAUUGAAGAUGAUCCUGAGUAUCAGCUGCUGAAGGAGGCGAAUGAGUUCUCCACACAGAUUGACGGCGAGAUUGCUACGGUGCAUAAAUAUAUCCGCGACAACUACUCGGUUGUAUUCCCUUACCUGGAAGAACUCGUCAAGAAUCCCGUCGACUACGCGAAAACCGUGGCCAUUCUUCAAAAUGGCCCUCUCGACGACAUCAAGACGAUUGCGCAAAGGACCGACAAUAUUGUUGGAACUGCUCUCAAAAACAUUCUCGACGGCCCCUCGCUGAUGGUCAUCACAGUAGAAGCUACCAGAGCACAAGGACGCAAACUCAAAGAAGCCGAGCUAGAAGCCGUCGUUGGCGCCUGCAAGCUGUUACUUGACCUCGACAAGGCCAAAAGUACCCUCACUCAAUUUGUUCAAUCAAGGAUGCGUGUCUUUGCGCCAAAUCUCACGACACUUCUUGGUUCUUUGGCAGCAGCACAGCUCAUCAACCAUGCUGGAGGUCUUCAAGGCCUGGCAAAGACACCUGCUUGCAAUAUUGCGCCACUGGGAUCAAACAAGGCUACUGGGCUAGGUUUGGCGACGAACAUUGGCAUCAGGCAUCAAGGUUACAUCUACCACAGUCCUCUUCUCCAGACUAUCCGCGAGGAUCUCAAGAAGCAGGCUCUACGCAUCGUUUCCGCCAAGGUCAUUCUCGCUGCGCGCAUAGACAUGGUACACCAGAGCACAGACGGCUCAAUGGGCCAGCAACUCAAGGAUGAGUGCGAGCGCCGGCUCGACAAGCUCACCGAAGUCCCCGCCAACAAGGGUGUCCGCGCGCUCCCAGCACCAGACGAUAAGCCAUCGCGCAAGCGAGGAGGACGAAGAGCACGCAAAGCGAAGGAGGCGACCGCCAUGACGGAGAUACGCAAGGCACAGAACCGCAUGGCAUUUGGUAAGGAAGAAAAGGAAGUCGGCUAUGGAGACGUCACAAAGGGCAUGGGUAUGAUUGGCGCUACAGACACGGGACGACUACGCGCGCAACAGAUCGACACCAAGACACGCGCAAAGCUCUCGAAAAAGCAAGGUGCCGGAUGGGGCGGCGACACUACACUCGGAGCUGCAUCUUCACUCAAGGGUUUUGGCGCCAGUGGUACUGCGACCAGUCUACGCGCACAAGGUCUUAGAACAGGUGGAGUUGGGCUCGGUGGCGCGGGAACAAGUUCGAUUGCCUUCACACCGGUGCAAGGCCUCGAGCUGGUUGACCCAAGAGCAAGAGAGGAAGCGAGCAGGAAGCGCAAGGCGGACGAAGACCGAUGGUUCAAGGGUGGAUCCUUUACGCAGCUCAACGGCGGCGGUGGCAGUGCCAAGGUGGAUGCGAACGGUUUCAAGGUGCCAGCUCUGCCAGUAAAGAAGCCGCGGACGGAGUAA